AUGACGGGGAGACACGUCGAAUCCGUCGAUACCGAUCCGAAACCUGUUGAUGAGGCUUUCUGCAUCGCGAAUAAGGUUCCUUUGGAGUGGCGCGACGGGUGCGCGCACCUUCUCGUGCCACUGAACCGCUGUCGCCGCGAACACUUUUAUCUUCCUUGGCACUGCACCGAACUGAGGCACGCUUACGAAGUUUGCCAGCAGAAGGACUACAUCCGCAGGAAACGGGAAGCGCAGCAAAUGUCGGAGAGACUCGAGGGCUCUUCCGCCCACUGA